AUGGUAACACGACUAACCAGCAUGCCAACGCUCGCCUCUCUCUACAAUAGCUCCACCAUCCCCACCCCUUGCGCCUCGGCUCUCUCUUCCUCGAUCUACCCCUUCGCCUCCCUCCUCUCCUUCCACUGCGGCGACAUAACCACCCUGGCACUCGACGCGAUCGUCAACGCAGCCAACACCUCGCUUCUUGGCGGCGGCGGAGUAGACGGUGCAAUCCAUCGAGCUGCAGGCCCAGACCUCCUCAAAGAAUGUCGCACUCUCAACGGCUGCUCCACCGGUUCCGCCAAAACUACCUCCGGCUACAAACUCCCCUCUAAACACGUCAUUCACACCGUCGGCCCGGUGUACAGCAAAAUAAAACACGAUGAAAGCGAAAAGCUGCUAAGAAGUGCAUAUAGGACUAGCCUGGAAGAGUUGAAAAGGGUGGGUGGCAAGAGUGUAGCUUUUCCAAGCAUUUCGACUGGGGUGUACGGGUAUCCGUUUGAAAAAGCUGCAAGUGCUGCAUUGGAUGAGAUUGGAAAUUGGUUGGAGACUGAUGGCAAUCACAAGCAGAUCGAGAGGAUAGUCCUGUGUUGCUUCUCUCAAAAAGACUACGACAAGUACGUGGAACUUGCACCAACCGUCUUGCCGCCCAAAGACGUGUUUGAGAAGUAUGCAAAAACGUCAUAG